UGGAUGAUGUUUUUACUCUCCAAACCGUAUUUGUAUGUCUCAUGAAGACCUUUAAACACACAUAAAUUCACAACAAGCUUUCAAGCAUGUCACUGGGAAUCAUGAAAGCUGAUAAAAAAAAAGGGUGCAAGACCGUGAGGAUGUGAAGGUAGAGUGUAAUCAGAGGCUUGACUUGCGCUGAAAGGAAAUCUAAGUUAAGCAGGGGAAGUACCAAAUGGUGAUGGAGAUGAUAGCAAAGAACAGAUAAGUUAGAACAAGAAACCAUGACAACUUUAGCAGAGAAUCCUGACACCAAGGCGGCCUGUAAAAGUACAUGGUCACCGAGUGUCUUCUACAGACCAGAGAAAGAAAUGUUCCACUUUGCUGGUUAUGAGAUCUGCAUUUAUGAAUCCCUGGAUUCCUACGGUUCCAUGAUCUGGCCAGGGGCAGUCGCUCUGUGUACGUACCUGGACACACCAGCAGGCCGACAGCAGGUUAAUCUACUUGAUAAAUCAGCCAUUGAGAUUGGAGCAGGGACUGGACUAUUAUCAAUUGUGGCUACUCUCCUUGGUGCCAAGGUAACGGCAACUGACCUGCCAGAGAUUCUGGGGAAUCUGAGAUGUAACCUGUCACGGAACACCAAGAGGCACUGCCGACACCCAGCCCAAGUAACAACUCUCUCCUGGGGAGUCGACUUGGAGAACAACUUCCCCCGCACUACUCAUCAGUAUGAUUACGUGCUGGCAGCUGAUGUGGUCUACCACCACGACUACUUGAACGAACUGUUGGUCACCAUGCGCCAUUUCUGCCAAUCAGGAACCACCCUCAUUUGGUCCAACAAGAUUCGUUAUCAAGCAGACUUGGCUUUUAUAGAGCGCUUUAAGGAGGCCUUUCAUACCACGCUGCUGGCUGAAAAAGAUGAGAUAAGGAUCUACAUGGCCACUGCACGGGAGCUACAAGCAGAUUCUGGCCAAACCAUGCAGGCUGUGGAGCAGGAGGAGGAUAAAGACCAAACUAUAAAAGAGAAGAUAAAUAGGUGGCCUGCUGAGCACGUUGCGACACACAGCGAGAUAGAAGGAUUUCAGGAAGAGAAAAAGCAGAGAUGUUCAGAUGAUGAAGUGGAAGGCAGAGACCAGGACAGAAAUAUGGAAAAUAAAUAUGUGGACACAAACUUAAAUGAGAAUGGAGAGAAGAGAGGAAAUGAGAAAAUAAAAAUAGAUGAAUCUGAUGGACACAUUGGAGAUGUUCUGGGAACAGAAGAAUAUUGUGCACCAGAGGUGAGUGAUGAAGGAAAUGUUCUGGGAACAGAAGAAUAUUGUGCACCAGAGGUGAGCGAUGAAGGAAAUGAUGAACCGAAGGGGGGCGGUUGUGGAGACAAGGACUCAGACAAAGGUGAAGAAAGAGCGAGUGGUGAUGAAGGUGAAGAAAGAGCGAGUGGUGAUGAAGGUGAAGAAAGAGCGAGUGGUGAUGAAGGUGAAGAAAGAGCGAGUGGUGAUGAAGGUAAUCACAAUAGCACAGCACAGAAAAAAGAAGACAAAGACAUUAAAGGAAACAUAUCCAGUGGACUGAGAGAAGGGGAGCAUAACUUGGAAAAGGAUUAUGAGAAAUAUGAAAACAAAGUGGAUAAAUUACCAAUAUCAUAUUGUAGAACAAGUGAAAUGAAUGGAUUAAACUUGGAAGCUAAGAGCAAACAUGCAAAUGAUGAAGAGUUAACGCUCAGAUCCCCUGUCCAUUUAGACUCUGAAACAGAAAUCCAUCAUUUUCUUGGAUAUGAAAUAACUGUACAUCGCCCCCUGAGCUGGAGUGGAGGAAAACAUGGGCCUGCUACAUCGGUUCUCUGUAAAUUCCUAGAGACUGAGAGGCAGCAGGUCAAUUUACACGGCAAGUCAGUGUUGGAACUGGGAGCUGGUACUGGCAUAGUGGCUAUUGUGGCCAGUCUUCUUGGUGCCUGGGUAACCGCGACUGACCUGCCAGAGGUGCUGGAAAUCCUGACUGAGAAUCUGAGUGCCAAUACCAAAGGGCGCUCAAAAUACUCACCUCAAGUGGAAGUUCUCCAAUGGGGGCGCAACCUCGCUCGGUCAUUCCCAUUGUCCAUCUAUCAUUACGACUUCGUCCUGGCAGCAGACGUAGUCCACGAUCAUAACUGCCAGAAGGAGCUGCUGGACACCAUGUGUCACUUCUGUCACCGUGGCACCACCCUACUCUGGGCACACGAGUUUCGCCGCAAGGCAGACCUGACGUUCAAAGCCCAGCUCAAGCGGGCUCUCCACACCAAGCUGCUCUUGGAGGCAGGGCAUGUGAGGGUCUACAUGGGCUGGGUUCCUUUCUACCUGCAGCACCCCCCCCCCCCUUCACACCUCCAAGCUGAUGGAAACUCCUUAUGAGCCAUUAUUUGCUAUUUUUUAAAGGCUUUUUCCUGUUCAAAGGGACUUGUCUCUUGCCAUCGUGGCUUGUUAAUGCUUGCUCUAGGGAGUAGACUCUGUAAAGCUCCUUGAGAUUUCCUAUUGUAUUGGCAUUGCAUAAAUAAAGAAAACUGAACUGAA